AUGGCGUCUAAAUCGGAGCAUCUUACGGCAAAACAAAAAAGAACGGAGCAUCUUCUUCAGGAAGCUCGAAGAGCAGCACCGCGAACGAUUCGAUUUUUAACAGGGUUUAUCAUGUUGCACUUAGUAGUGAGUAUGAUUCUUAUCCUUGUCGGUCUCGGGAUCAGGAUCUUAAUACUUCGCAAUGCGAACAGAAACUCUACGAAGCCGAAUGAUUUGACCAACAUUGUACGUAAGAGCGAAGAGAGUUAUGGAGAUGUGGAAGGAAACACCGAGCCUUGGGUUGAAGUGAUUUCGGGGGAGACUAGAGCUCUUGUCUACCACAAUUUCUUGGACGAAGUUGUCGAGAAGAUUGAGAAAAGGAUUUCAGAUGUCACCUUCAUUCCUCUAGAAUAUGGAGAAGGUCUUCAAGUUCUUCACUACCAAGUUGGCCAGAAGUAUGAGCCUCGCUAUGACUAUGUCAUAGAUGAGUUCAAAAGCAAGACCGGAGGACAGCGAAUAGCUACCGUAGUUAUGUACCUGUCGGAUGUUGAUGAUGGUGGCGAGACUGUGUUCCCUGCUGCAAAAGGAAACAUUAGUGAAGUCCCGUGGUGGAACGAGCUCUCAAAAUGUGGCAAAGGACUCUCUGUUCUACCAAAGAAGAGAGAUGCUUUAUUUUCCUGGAACAUGAGACCUGGUGCCUCGCUAGACUCUUUGAGUUUGCACGGCGGAUGUCCAGUGGUGAAAGGAGACAAAUGGUCAUCCAAAAAAUGUUUCCAUGUCCACGCGUUCAAGGUUUAA